GAAGUGUCAAUUGAUGGCUUCCUGUCUCCUUUACGAAAAAAAUUCAUUAUAUCGCUCAUAAUUUGACCUCGUUGUAUACUAAUAAUACAGAUUUACCUCUAUUGAGUACCACGUACUCUGGUUGAAAUUGAAUCAUAUAACGCAAUUGGGUAUAAAUAUACUAAAUUAUAAUUUGGUGAAAUCCCCGACCGGUAAAUUGUUCCUUAGCUAAAGGCGUAGGUAUUAAUGAGGAAGGAGGAGGCUUGUGUCUGUAUUGCACUUUAGAGUAGUCAUUUAACAGAUAAUGUCAAGCAUGUCUGACUUAAAUACGUUAUUGAGCACGGAAAUUCCGGAAGGACUUCAAAGUUUGUCGGAUUCCAAUGUGAAUUUGGCCCGAGUGGCGGAAUAUUGUCAAUCAAAUUACUUUCAGUGUGACAACAAACGAGAUGCAAUUGAUGAGACAAAGCGAUACACGACGCAGAGUUUGGCCUCUGUUGCAUACCAAGUGAACACCUUGGCUUAUCAUUUUCUCCAACUUUUGGACCUCCAGGGAAGCCAAUUAGACGAAAUGGCAGCCCAAGCAUCUCAUAUUGCACAAGCUAUCUCCAUUCACAAGGAGAAAGUUAGCCGAAGAGAAAUUGGUGUGCUCACUAGCUCGAAAACGCCAUCCCGACAGUAUAAGAUUUUGGCUCCGGCUACUCCCGAGAAGCCAGUGAAGUACGUGAGGAAACCAAUUGAUUAUGCACUUUUAGAUGAGAUUGGAUGUGGGGCAAGAAAUCGCCAAAUGAUGAGGACAAGCAUGUCAUCAAUGUCAUCCAUGAGGAACAAUAUUCCCCCUCCUACAAUGAUGUCCACACUGCCACCCAAUACCAAACCUCCUACACCACCAAUGGGAACAAAAAUGGGGACUCUGCGCACUGGCGACAGGUCGAUUUACAGAACUGCUCCCGCAGUAGCGCCACCACAGGUCCCAAGCCAUUAUGCACCAAAUUACCCUCAUCUUCAAAAGCGACAAAAUUCUCAGAUUGAACAACGAGGAUAUACUACUCUCCCCCUUCAAACUGCACAUCCUCAACUGCAAGCGUCACAAAAUCAAGUUCCUUUGCAAUCAUCAAUUCCUUUCCGGCAAAGAGAUAUUCAACCCAUGUCGCACCAGCAAAUUAUUUAUGCCGAAAAUAAGAGUUUGGGAAUUGUCACGGGACCAGCUUCACCACCCCUCCCACCUCCACCAAUGGAUCACUCUCUUGAUGACUCGGGACCAUCCUUGGUUCCCAAAACAUACUUGGAAAAAGUUAUUGCUGUAUAUGAUUAUGCUGCCGAGCGAGAAGAUGAAUUAAGUUUCCAGGAAAAUUCGCUAAUUUACGUUCUGAAAAAGAAUGAUGAUGGUUGGUAUGAAGGUGUGCUCAACGGAGUAACUGGUCUCUUUCCAGGGAAUUAUGUUGAACCUUGUGCACUAUAACUUUUCAAGACCUAUGAAAAUAUUUCUUAUAUACUUAUUUGCAUCUUUGUAUAUAACCUUCAAAUUUAAAAAAUGUAUAGACCACAUUCAACUAUGUAUGUAUGUGUACAUACUGCGUUAUUGUUGCUGUAAAAUAUCGUCGCUUUUUUGUGAAUAAAAUGUCAAAGCAUUUGGAAUAAAGGCGUAGUAAACGAUUUUUUUGAACUACAUUA